AUGUACCGAACCGCGAGGCCGCUGCUCGGCUUCGGCGCCGCCGUCGCCAUGAGGCCCCAGACCUUCACCAGAGCGCUUCCCACGGCGAAGAGGAUACCCGCCGCGACGAGGGGCUACGCCGGCAAGGCGAACCCGGCGGACCUGCGCCUGAGUACACGCCUUAACAAGCAGGCCGCCAUGAAGGACGUCGGCUACUCCUCCAGCGAGAUGGACAAGUCCAUGGCCAUGAUACACAUUAUGCUCCCAGGAACCUUCGUCCCCGUCCCCUUCUCCCAGCUCGACAAGUCGCCCGCCGCCCUCUGGGAGUACGCCGUCUCCCUCCUCAAGCAGCGCGCCAAGGACCUGCUCGCCAUCUUCGGCGCCAAGGUCUCCUCGAUGCCGACCUGGACCUCCCGCCCGCGCGCCCGGCUCGACCGCGCCAAGCUCGUCCCCGAGGCCAAGGCCCUGCACCAGCGCCUCGGCGAGGCCAUGGCCGCCGGCGACAAGGACGCCCUCCGCGACAUCUGCACGCCGCGCCUCUACGAGACCCUCUCGGCCACCGUCUCGCGACGCCGCCCCGCCGAGCGCCUCACCUGGGAGCUGCUCCGCUACACCGCCCGCCCGCGCGUCGUCAGCCACAAGCUCGCCGUCAUGCCGCCCGUCGGCCGCGGCCCCGUCAUCCAGCAGGUCGUCGUCGCUAUCAGCAGCGCCCAGAGGCUGGGCAAGGUCGACCGCGCCACCGGCCGGCCGCUCGCCAAGGACGGCCUGCGCGUGCAGAACCAGACCGAGUACUUUGUCAUGACCAGGCGCUUCGACUCCAAGACGUGGGCGCCCACGAAGUGGGUCGUCUGGGGCAACACCAAGGCCACGACGCUCGAGGACUGGCGCCUGGAGGAGAAGGGCAUCCAGCACAUGGAGAAGCAGGACUUUGCCAAGAGGCGGGGAGGUCUGUAG